GUGCUUCGUGCGGAUGACUGAUGACACAACUUUCAUUUGUUAUUCUUACCGAUAAAAGUAUGGUGGUUGAAGUGGAUUCUUUGACAUUGUUUUUGUAGAUUAAUCCCCAUAAAUUACCAGUAACUAGUUGUAAGAAAUUAGUGGGUAGGAUGGCAGAAGCAGCGGUAGAAGACAGACCUCCACAGAGGUUCUAUUGCCACAUGUGCCACGUUCAGUUUCAGCAUGCCUCGGCGGACUUCACUUGUCCCCACUGCUCGGAUGGCUUCAUCGAGGAGCUCUUGGAGGCCCCAGAGGGCAACGAAGAGAUGGCAGACGUCGAUGAUUGGGAAGAAGACGAUUGGUUAGUAGAAGAUAGACGUCCAGGUAGUCGUCCAUUGAGAUCUGAUGGGACUCGUCCUGGCAGAAGGUACGCUAAUACUCGAGCAAGGAUAGUAAGGCCCAGGACCCUAACACGAUUAGCCUCUUCAAAUUUACGACAGCAGUUGCCCUUGGAAAACCUACUGCAAGACUUUAUAGUAAAUUUGGGAGUUGGCGUGAACUGGGGAACCCCGGGAGGUAAUUGGCAACUGUUUCUAGGCAACCCUGGUGACUAUGCCUGGGGUAGGGAAGGUUUGGAUGCUAUUGUCACACAGCUGCUCAAUCAGAUGGAUAGCACAGGUCCACCACCAGUUUCGAAAGCUGUAAUAGAUGCCCUCCCCAUAGUAGAGAUCACCUUAGAACAGUCUAUAGCGAAAUUGCAAUGCAGUGUGUGCUGGGAAGACUUUUUAACAGGCGAGAGCGUUAGGCGAUUACCCUGCCAGCACGUAUACCAUGAGCCGUGCAUCAGGCCGUGGUUAGAGUUGCACGGCACGUGCCCCAUUUGCAGGCAGAACUUGAGCAACGGGGACUCGGAUGACAGACGUGGCGACGGAUCGGAAGGAUCUGCAGGUGGCGGUGGAUCGCAAGGAGAAGGAACCGCCGGGGGACCUGCUGUUGGCGCACCUCUGUCGCUCAGCAUGUUGCGAACGCUGUUCCCACCACCGCACACACCGCCCUCUAGCGGCAGCGGAGGAAGCGCCAGCUCGAGCGGUACCGCCAUGGAGACCAACGACAGCGAGGACCCUCCAUCGCAGCACCAGCGACAGCUAUCCUUGAGCCGGUCAAGGUUUCAAAGCAACUCGUCUAUGAUGUUAGGUAUUUUAACGGACGUAUCUGUUCCUGUUACGGCAUCUGGCGGCAGACUUAUUUCUGUUUAUCUUAUUUAAUAAUGCACGUUGGUCAGAUUGAACACUUUUUAUAAAUUUACACGUAGUACUAGAUGUUGUAUAAUAUAAAAUUAUUAUUGACGUAUUUUAUUUAAUUGAAUAUGGGUUCAAAUAUUAUGAAAUAAUCAGAGAAUCAAGAUAAGAAGGCAGUAAGGCAAAGCGGUGUUAGGCUCAAAUUUGAUACCCAGCCAGACAAACCAAUGGUUCAAAUGCAGCUUAUAUCAACGUUCGUUAAUAGGAAAAUACGUUGAACUAAGGUUGCAUACCGCCACACAGUAAUCCAGCUCCCUGAUUCCAAAUGAAUUUCGACUGUUGAAAUUAGUUUCCCGUCAUACAUAUAACCUACUGUGAUAACGCUUGCUUUCAGCGAUCUUUUAUAGCCGAUUUAUCAUGGCAGUGUCAAAGUUAUUAAAGAUCUAAUAUGUGAGACACGAAGAUGGUUCAUCCUGCCAGUACGGAUGAGCUAAAUCCGUUUCCGAUCGUGGUACACUUCACCGUUAUCAAUGGAAUUUUUUUGCUGAGAUCACAGUAAAAAUUAUUCCAAAUGUACCUUUGAAGUAGAAUUAUGCGUAUCUUCGUCAGCACCCUGUAUACAGGGUGACUUUGAAGUUGAGUCAUUAAUUUUCAGAUAGUGAUUGUAGAAGGAAGAUAAACCAAAAUAUGUGUGUAAAAAUAAAAAAAAAUGUUACCUUGUUUUAUAAAGUAUCCUCCCGACAAGUAUUUCAGUGAGGACCUGUAUUUGAUCGUGCGGUCUUGGAGCACCGGCAUCCCCUGUGAGGUCUUAAGUCACCUGAUUCACGAGCCCUUUGUACUACAUUAACAAAGGCACGAGGGGUUGGUUGCACUCGAUUGGCAAACCGAUUUUGUAAAGACUACGUUGUCGCCAAACACGAGCACACAUAAUAUUAUUAUUGAGACAGGGCGGUACUCAAACUUCUAAAGGGCUAUAACUUUGUUACUUUAAUUUUACCAGAAAAAUGUUAAAGGAAAAAAACAUUUCUUUUGAUCAGAUCUACUCACUGUUAAAAUAAAUGACUCAACUUCGAAGUCACCCUGUAUAGGUAAAUCUUGUUUAAUGACUUUUUCCAUUAACGACCUUUGACAUUUGAACCAUCUGUUUAUCGGGCUAGUUAAGUUUAGUCGAACCUGUGACUAUGGUUUUUGCGCUAUGUAAAAUUCCUUGUUCCUUAUUGAAAAAACAACUGAAAUUACUUUGAGUUACUCAAAAUCCCUGAAAUUUAAUUUCAAUGUAUUUAUUUUUGCUGUUUCACAAUUUUUAUUUAUUUUCUUACAUUUCAACGAUGGUUGUUUGGUCACUAGGAGUAUGUGCCAAAUAAAUACAUACUCUUAAACUUAGAGAUGUGCUUGCUUUAAUUCGUAUUUAAGUAUGAUGAUUAUUAUUUUUAUCACAAUUUAUGCUGAUGAUGACGUCGAGUUGUUUUAUUUUGACCACGCUGCUCUGCCAUCUGGUGUAGAGUUAGAUAAUGUUAGUAUCAGUGUAACUCGAAAGGAGAUUGGCGACACCCCCGUUUUUGAAAGGGUACGGAUCUGGAUGAUAAGGUUUGCUAACAAAAAUUUGGAAAAUUGAAUGCCUGAUUGAUCAUCCUGGAACGCGUGACACAACAGGAGUCAGACAAUUUGUUUGGAGGACAAUUAGUAUUGUAAAUUACAUUUAUUUGCUUAGCUAGAGAGUUGCCAAUUAUGUGAUUGUAGGUUCAACGACAAACGUGGUAUUUUCAAUCUGAAGCCUUCAUAUUGUAUAAUGUACUACUCACUCUAAUUAUUGGUCUCUGUUGAUCAUUGGCUUAAGGGCCGUUCCUACAAUUGUAGGAUGGCUGUAUGACCUUGAUUUCCAUAGUAUUUUCUCUCCUUCAGAAAGGCUAGGGUAUUUAUAGACUUCUACUGUUCCGUGUCAGCGUCAGCGCCCUCCUAAUUAUGAUUUGUAUUUUUAUUUAUCUUGUAUUUUUGAAUUGCUCAGUCUGUUAAAACAUGAUGAAAAUCAAACACAUGAACAAUUUGGUGUAAAUAGAUAUUUGUAACAUACAGCGCCUUUCUGAAGGACAGGCAGCAGCGGUGGCCGCAGUAGUAGGCUCUUCGGUCUCCUGAUCAGUCGCCGUGCGCUGUGCGGGUUCGAGUCUCGUCCCAGGAGAAAUUUUUCUCUUGGCUAUGGAUGUUGUGAUUGUCCGUAGGUGGUAGACGGUCUCUGACUGUCGAACGCGGAGGUACCACCCGGCGGAUCUCGUAGGCGGAGCCAGAAUGUGUGCAUGUUGCAUGCACACGUGUUCCCUCGCCAGAGUCCGUGUGGCGUUCCCCCUUUCCCAUGUAUCCCCCUAUAGCCCCACGGUACCCAAUGGGUGCUUAGGCCUUAGGCCUUCGUGGUAGUUGAAGUUCAAACAAAAAAAAAAGGAAAAACUGAAAAUCAAGUAGACCAUAAAGACGUCCUACAAUUAAUUGUAGGAACGACUGGCGAUAUGAUCCAAAAUGUCAAAUAAGGUCAACGUAUGUAUACGUGAUAUUUUGGUUGCCGAAACUGAAUUUUCUAUCAAGAGUCAAGUUAUCUAUUAUCGACAGACAGCUUGAGAACAAAAACAUUAAGUAUUUGGGUUAAUGUCUGACGGUGUUAUUGAAUCAAAUCGGGUUCAUUUGCUUACAAAAUGUAUCAAUUUUAGAAUAUCAUUUAAUAGCAUUUACAUGGACAAUCGAAUCGAUAAGGCAAUCAAUUUGAUUAACUUAUAAUUUGGAGGAAGCAUGAUUAAACAAUUUGUAUGAAUCAUAAUUUUCAAUGUGUUUCAAAUGGUAGCAUUUUUUUGACAGUUUGUUGUUAAGGUGAUAUUUUACAAAACUAUUGAAUCAUUUGACAUUUACGCGUUAUUGGAUCGAAAGCUGUUUUAAUGAUUACUUUAUUUUCUUUUAUAUAAAUUUAAUAAUCUACAAUAUUACUUUAAAUUCUAUCUAAUAACUCACACAUAUAUAGUAGAUAAAAAAAUAAAUGCACAGGUCAACUAAAAUCGAAAAAUCUCAUUCCUCGUCCAACUCUGUUCAGAAUUUAGGAAACCCACGACAAUGUUUUCAACAUAUUUUAUUUCACUUUUUAUCCGGUUGUCAGAUCGGUGGACAUCGAGCUUAGUACGGAUCUUAGAUUAUAAUGAAAUAAGGAAGCGUUGUAAUCAACGACUCUCGAAGGCAAUAAGGAGGCCUUAGAUUGAAAAAGGUCGUUCUUUCUUGAUAUUAAUAUUUAACAUCUUUUCUGUGACUCCUGUGUGUCAAGUCUGUCGAAGUCGCUACAAAACAUGUAGUCGUACCAGAAUGAAACGUUGAAAACAAUACAAUACAAACAAUAAUUUUCGCUGGCGAAUUGAACCUUCAGAUCCUAUCAGUUUUGCCAAUCUUCUUUAUCAUUGCAAUGAAGAACACCUCACAUUAUUGAUUUUUCCUGAUGUUCGGUUACAUUAUAUUUAUUGCUAAAUCCGUAUGAUGUGCUUUAAGGUAACUGCUUCGUUAGAGUGAUAUGAUAAAUGCUGUAGAAAAUAAAAAAUCUUAGGCAUUCCAGAGACAUGUGGUUACUCGUUUUGAUCGUGCAUUGAACUGAAUGAUGAAGUUUUUGUUUCAAAAAUAGCUAAUUUUGUGAGAUAUUCUUCAUGUUGCACUUAAUACAUCGUAAAAAAUAAAACACUUGGAUUCACUGAUAAUAUAUAACUUUAAGUUUAUGCGUAAGCACUUCUGUUUUGAAUAGAAUAAAACUGAGCAUAGCCGUGUGUGAGUCUAUGCUCUGCAUUUCGGGAACGUUCUGUAAGUACUUGCAAAUUUUGAACAAAAUGUUUGGUAAUUACGAAAUAUUCGCAGUCAGACUGUGUGAAGCGACGUACUAAGUGGUUUAACUUAGCCCUGUUAUUUAUGUAUAUAUUAAGCAUUGUAUAGACUGGAUGAUAAAUAAACUUAUGUUGACACUACAAA